CAAGGUCCACAGGUCGCGCAACACCCCAAACAUGUCUGAGUCUGUAAUAAUCGAGGCGCCUCCCGCGACGGAAACUGCCCCUGUCAAGGGCAUGAAGAAGAACGGCAAGCAGUGGCACGACAACAAGGGCCCGUUCCGACCGAAGGCAGGUCAAACCUCUUGGGAGAAGCGCAGUGAGGAGAGGAAAGCGCUCGCUGCUGUCAAGGCCAAGGAGAAGGAGCUAAAGGAAGAGAAGGAGUCUGAGAGACAGCGACGAGUCGAAGCAAUCAAGACCAAGCGCGCGGCCAAGGAAGAACGGGAGCGAUUUGCCAAGAUGGAGGAGAAGAUGCAUAAAAGGCGCGUAGAGCGCCUGAAGAGGAGAGAGAAGCGCAACAAGAUGCUCAAGUCAUGAGCUUGGUAGUGGCAGGAUUGUAGUCAAACUGUAAAGCACGGUGAAGGAAUUGCCGUUCCAUAAGGAGCAUGCCAUAUGGGCGCAGAGGAGCGACUGAAAGGCACAGAGACAUGAUACCCUAAGCAUUUGGACAUAGGAAAGAGUAAAACGCAUUUUUCUUUUACAAAAUGUUGUCCGCGGUCCUGAAUUGCGCAUUACUAUCGUACACUGAGUAUCCUAGACACAUGGACAUAUGAGUACUUGUAUAGGCAAUUUGCAAC